UGGCAACACCGAUUAAAGGGCAGAUUCCAUGUCUGUCACUGUCAUUAACGACAUUGGCAAAUCACAUUGAAAAUUUCCUUAACCUUUGAUUCCUGUUGCGAUUUUCUACGAAAGUUGCCAAAGAAUUCAGACGACGGCAAUAAUGAAUUCCUCCAAGAACCUUUUCCGCCUGACUCAGGUAGUGGUCAGCGCCACCCGCAAUGCCUCUAAAGAAGUUGUAAACCCCCGAUUCCAUACUAUGAAAGCCAGACAAAAAGUAUUCGGCGUAGAUGAUGGUGUUCCAGUCCAUCUAAAAGCUGGCUUUGGAGAUAAAAUGCUGGUGUCACUUACAUGGGUCUUGAUUGGAGUAGGCCUUGCAGGCUCAGGGCAUACCGUUUUCACCCUAAUUACUAAAUAGAUUUGUGAACAGUGGGUCUAAGCAGUAGUUAAUGUUUCGCUAUUAAAUAAUUGUAUAAGGGA